AUGGAAUCUCUUGCGGUCCUUGGCCUGGCUGCUAACAUCAUACAAUUUGUCGAUUUCACCUCAAAGCUUUUCUCGCAAUCCACCGCGAUAUAUCGAUCCAUCAAUGGCGUAUCCGAAGAGACACAAGAGAUGAUCACGAUCGCGACCGGACUUCAAACACUCUGUGCGCGUCUGACCUCAACACCAUCGACGAAUUCGGCCGGGUAUCCUAUGGAUGAUGAGCUCAAGUCUCUGGCACAGCAAUGUAAGGCAGCUGGAGACCAAUUGGUAGCCGCUCUCCACAGUCUGAAGGCUACGGGGACUCACAGGAAAUGGGCGAGCUUUACUACUGCGUUGGCCAGUGUAUGGAAGCAGUCCAAGAUUGAAGCGAUGAAAAAGAAACUGGAAACCUACAAAUCGCAACUUUCACUUCAGCUCACGAGGCAGACCCAAGCUAUGUUGCAGUAUGCUUCCAUCUACUCAACGGAGCUUGCACACCAGCCCCAGGGACAAAAUCCCAUAAAGACACGCAAGAAAAUGAAAGAUAACACCACUCCAGAACAUUCUUCGAUAUCAGCCAGCUGUACCCAUCCUCCGGAACCACUCGACAUUACUGUAGAGGCCUCAAAGCUCUUAGAAAUCGAGGAGAGGGGCAACAAAACCGUAUCAUCUCUGAUCAUAUUAAGAAGUCUUUGUUUCCCAACAAUGAGAUUUCGACACUCAAAAAUUGCGGAUGCCCAUCCAGAGACAUUUCGGUGGAUUGCCUCGACCUAUUUCAUUCCUUGGCUCCAAGCUGAUGACGAUGCCAUAUUUUGGAUCAGUGGCAAGCCGGGGUCUGGUAAAAGCACGUUGAUGAAAUAUUUGGUGGAUGAUCGCGAAACCACAGCCAAUCUCCGUUUGUGGUCUGGAACGAAAGAAUUAGCUAUGGCGAGCUUCUUCUUUUGGAUCGCUGGGACCGACUUGCAGAAAUCACAAGAAGGCUUGUUACAGUCCUUAUUGUAUCAGGUACUCAGGAAGCACCCAGAUCUUGUCCCUAAGAUAUUUCCGUCGCGCUGGGAAGAAGACACUCUUCACGACGAAAGUGAGACAAACAUUCCAUGGACCCGUCAAGAGCUUCUGGGGGCUUUCCGGCGGCUUAAAGAACACCGAAUCUCAUCCACGAAAUUUUGCUUCUUCAUUGACGGCCUGGAUGAGUAUGAAGGCGACCACCAAGAUCUCAUCACUGUCCUCAAGAGCUUAGUGAAUUCGUCAAAUGUCAAGAUCUGCGCUUCUAGCAGACCUUGGAAUGUCUUCGAGGAAGCUUUUGGCGCUGAUCCGAUACGCAAAGUCUACCUACAAGAUGUGAACCGCGACGAUAUUCGAACUUAUGUUCAUACCAAUCUUGUGCAACGUCCCGAGUUCCAGAAACUAAUUGAAAGGGACCCCCGGGGCGAAGAAAUCGCACGAGAAGUAGUCGAUAAAGCUCAGGGAGUGUUUCUGUGGGUAUUCCUAGUAGUACGUUCGCUAGUGGAAGGGCUUCAAAACUCCGACAGGAUCAUAGACCUCCAACGACGUCUUAGACAAUUUCCUAGCGAUCUGGAGGCCUUCUUCAUGCACAUAUUCACCUCACUUGACAGCAUCUAUCAGGCUCAAACUGCACGGGCAUUUCAAGUCGCCAUUGCAACGACCGAGCCUUUGGCCCCAAAAAUCUACUGGUUUCUCGAUAUGGAGGAAGAGGAUCCCGACUUUGCACUGAAGAUGGAACAAAUACCCGAAAGCUCUGCAGAACUUCAUUUUAGGACGACUGAGAUACAAAAGAGGCUCAACGGAAGAUGCAAAGGACUUCUGGAGAUUACUGCGGACGAAGAGCUAGAGCUGCCGUUUCUAAAGCGAGACGACGUGAAGCGAGUAGAUUUCUUGCACAGAACUGUGAAGGACUUCCUCAUGAGCAAGGAUAUGCAGACGCUCCUGUCAAGCUGGGCUGGCACCACAUUUGACGCAAAUAUUGCUAUCUGCAAAACUCUGCUCGCUCAGAUU